UUUGUAAACAAGACAAGGCGGGGAUGAGGGCCAUGGAUCAGGGCCCCGGAUCAAUUUGUGAGGGGAAAUCGUAGCGAGGAGGACGCGAGGGAACAAGGCCUUCAAACUACAGGAAAGGAAGGAGAUUCCGCCUGAACAUUAGGAAGAACUUCCCCACUGUGAGAGAGAGAGAGAGCUGUUCAGCGGUGGAACUCCCUGCCUCGGGGUCUCUUUUGCCGCCAUGCAGCUCUUUGUUCGCGCUCAGAGUCUCCAUGCCCUCGAGGUCUCGGGGCAGGAAACCGUUGCACAGAUUAAGGCCCAGAUCCAGUCCUUGUCGGGCCUUGUCGCGGAGGAGCAGGUGCUUCUCUUGGGAGGGGCCCCCUUGGAGGACGAUGCCGUGAUUGGACAGUGCGGGGUGGCCCCCCACGGCACCCUGGAGGUGGCCGCGCGCAUGCUGGGCGGGAAGGUCCAUGGCUCUUUGGCCCGUGCUGGGAAGGUGAGGGGCCAGACCCCGAAGGUGGCGAAGCAGGAGAAGAAGAAGAAGAAGACGGGGCGGGCCAAGCGGCGCAUGCAGUACAACCGGCGCUUCGUCAACGUGGUGCCCGGCUUCGGCAAGAAGAAGGGGCCCAACGCCAACUCCUAGGCUCCGUGACAACUGUCUGAUCAAUAAAUAAAUACAUCGUAAUCAUCA